AUGGGCAGAGGCUAUUCCAGUACCGAACAUCAUCGGCAGAAACAAUCGCCAGGCACAUCUUCACGGACUGGCGGUUCGGCACACCAGCCCGAAUUACGACGGACCAGGGCCGCCAAUUCGAAGCUGAACUUUUCAAGGACCAGACUAACUGGCACUAAGCACAUCCGGACAACAGCGUACCAUCCAGAAGCGAACGGAAUGGUGGAGAGGUUUCAUCGCCAACUGAAAGCCGCAAUCAAAUGCUACGAGACGGAGGCAUGGACCCAAGUCCUACCCGUCGUACUACUCGGCAUCAGGGCAGUCUGGAAAGAAGACGUGAACUCCACUCCAACAGAGAUGCUAUACGGAGAGCCAAUACGCCUUCCAGGACAGUUCUUGGACAGCAGCAAUUCGCUCAGGCAAGGAGAGGAAGACACACUAGUAACAAGGCUGAGGAAGGCAAUGAUCCGACUUCAACCAACGGUCAAGCAUCAUGCCAGAAAGACCACCUUCGUCUUCAAAGAUAUGGAGACAGCAUCACACGUAUUCGUGCGACACGAUGCACCAGCCGGAGCUCUUCACUUGCCAUACGACGGACCAUUUGAAGUACUGAACUGA